AUGCUUCUAAGAAGCCGUUCACACAUAAGCCGGGCCGCUUUAAGGCUUUCAAAAAGCUCACGAGCGUAUAGUACAGAUGAGGUUGCAAAGUAUGCCCAGAGAAAAAGCAUUGUGGCCCAAAAUCCCAGCCAAUACUACCCACCCAUUGGAUCAACCAGGUCAGAUCGUCCCGUGCUACGAGUUAAUGAAUUCGUCGACAAGUUCCAGACAACCAAUUUUGACGAAUUACCCUUGAAACGUCUUCCCGAUACCGUUCAAUUGGAAGGAAGAGUCACGUCUGUAAGACGAGCAGGCAGGGCGUUGUUUUUCUUAGAUAUCGUCCAGGAUGAUACCGAAGUCCAGAUAUGUGCAUCCAAUAAGCUCUUGGGUGACAUGGAUAAAGAAGAGUUUUCGGAAAUUCAUUCUUCUAUACGAAAGGGAGACCAUAUUUCAUGUGUGGGCUUUCCGUCAGUUACAAACGUUGGCGAGUUAACUCUAAAAGUGAAUACACCUAUCAAAGUCUGCAGCCCAUGUCUCAAUUUGGCAACUUUACCAAACAAGGUACAAGAUAGACUGUUGAUAAACAGUGAUCGGGUGAUGAACUACUUGGUGAACCCAGAGCUGAAGGAGCGUAUCCUUGUCAAGGCUGCCGUCACCCAAGCGAUCAGAAAUUUCCUUAAUGACCGAGACUUCACUGAGGUUAGUACACCUUUAGUAGCAGGCGCUGGUACUGGUGCAAAUGCUGAACCUUUUUACACUGAGCUGAAGGCAAUGCCCGAAGAAAAGUUACAGCUUCGUGUGGCGCCCGAACUAUGGCUCAAGAAACUCGUCAUUGGCGGCUUUGACAAAGUCUUCGAGAUUGGUCCAAACUUUCGUAAUGAAGGUAUAGAUGCUACACAUAAUCCAGAAUUCAUGACUUGCGAAUUCUAUCGUUCCUUUACGUCUUUGGCAGAGUUGAUGAAACUUACGGAGCAAAUAAUCGGGCACAUCUACGAGGAACUUUCCAAAAAGCAGCUCAAUAUUAGGGUUCUUACCAAGACACUUCCGGAACUAGAGCCGUUAAGACUGCCAGAAUAUGACAAAUAUGAAUUCAUACCGACAGUUGAACAACGGACAGGUGUUAGAUUUCCCAGUGAACUUUCUAUCGAGUCGCUUAUGGACUAUCACCGAACCAUUGGCCUUACUCUUCCUGCGACUAAGUCGCCAGCCAGUCUUUUGGAUAACCUUAGCGGAAAUCUCUUAGAAACCAUUUCGUUGAAAAAGCCAAACACGCCUAUUUUUAUCUACAACCAGCCUGCAUUGAUGUCUCCCUUGGCCAAAUCUGCCACUGUUGACUAUGAUGGAAGAAGUUACGAAGUAUCAAUGCGUUUUGAGCUCUUCAUCAACGGUAAAGAGUAUGUCAAUUCCUACGAAGAAGAAAACUCACCAUUUGCUCAAGCAGACAAAUUCCAGCUCCAACAACAGGCAAAAGCCGACUACAACGAUAAGGAGCUGCUUAUCCCCGAUUGGAACUACGUGCAGCUGAUGGAGUACGGUCUUCCUCCUACAGGAGGUUGGGGAUGUGGUAUCGAUAGACUCAGCAUGCUUUUCAGCGGCACGUCAAGAAUCGAAGAUGUUUUAACAUUCGGCGUGCUUAAGGAUGUUAUGGAAUUCGAGGAGAAGGAGGAUAUUGACGGUCUUCGUCUUUCCUGGCACAAUUUGCCGAAAUCAAGACUCCAAAGUCAACAUAACAUUGUUCCCUUGACAGCAUUUUACACUCCAUAUAAUGAUAAAUCGCCAGUUCGUCGGUUGGGUAUUCUGCACAUGCAGCAGUGCCGUCAAUGUCGAGCGAUCUUGAAUCCUUAUGUCACUAUCAAACCCAAUCAGCCUGAGGUUUGGCAUUGCCAGUUCUGUGGAUUUGGAAACAGACUCACAGUUUCCGAAGACGGAAGUUACUCAAGUGCCCUUCUACCUGAAAGCACCACAGUUGAGUAUGCUACUGGCCAGGAUGUGACCGUGGCUUUUGCUCAAUUGAAAGAGUCCAUUCUUCUAUCACUUUCAUACCUUCCGUCACAUGCAUUGGUUGGUAUCGUCACGUUUGGUAAGCACGUACAGCUUCAUGAUUUGCUGGUCCCUAACCGCAGCUACACGUUCAAUGGGUCCAAGGAGUACGAACUCAAAACUAUAGAAACCAUUCUAGGUCUAAACGUGGGUAUGGCGGCCCAACGUCAAAAUGCUCAAUUGAGCUCUGUGGCUCAAAGAUUUUUACAGCCGGUAGAAUUUGCUGAGUAUCAGCUCUCUACCAUCAUUGAUAGAUUACAGAAUAAUGCUUUCCCACAGAUACUGCCAAACCAUAGACCAGAACGUGCCACUGGCUGUGCUGUCAAUGUUAGUACAUUGGUUCUUCAAGCAAUUUUGGGUAAAGGUAAUUCUGCCGGAGGCCACCUUAUGUGCUUCAUUGGAGGUAUUGCAACAUAUGGACCUGCAAAGGUCGUGGGUACGGCCUUGAAAGAGCCCAUAAGAUCACAUCACGAUAUAGAAAAGACUCUGCACACGACUAUACCCAACUUGGCUAAUGGUGUUGCUAAAGUUGAUCUACUGCUAUAUAAACUGGCCAAGGCAUUUUAUGAGAAGAUCGCACGAGCACUUGUCGAUAUGGGCAUUUGCUGUGAUAUAUUUAUUGGCAGUUAUGAUCAGAUUGGGCUUCAUGAAAUGGACGAGAUCUCCACUGCUACAGGUGGUGUAGUCGUCAUGAGUGAUUCAUUUAGCACUGCUAUUUUCAAGCAAAGUUUAAUCAAGUUCCUAAGACGCGAGUCUGCAGACGAAGAAACCGAAGAGUUGGGUAUCGAAAUGGCACUCAAUGCCACAUUGGAAUGCAGAAUUACUUCUGAUCUUCAAAUCCAAGGCCUUAUUGGUCAUGCGACAGCAUUGCCUCUCCGAAAGGACAACACAUUUAUAAAUUCAAGCGUCUCACCGCAAAGCAUUGGCCAAGGAAAUACAAACGCAUGGAAGCUCUGUGGCGUUAAUCCUCAAUCCACCUACGCCAUUUACUUCGAUAAAUUAGAUUCGCCUCAACCAGGGCACGCCUUCAUUCAGUUCAGUUUCCAUUAUCAGCAUCCAUCGGGCGAGAAGAGAUUAAGAGUGACUACUACUCCUUUGGCUGUAAUUGCAGACACCGACCUUGUCAAUAUGGAAGCAGGCUUUGAUCAAGAGGCUGCAUUCAUGUCUAUUGCCAGAAGUUCCAUUGACAAACUACAGACUCAAGUGUUCAACAGCACCAAAACCAUAUAUGACCAUACUGACGUGGUGAAGCACCUCGACAAAAUACUAGUUGAUUUCUGUGCCCGUUUUGGAGUCUAUCAAAAGAAGCAACUCGACAGUUUCUGCUUGUCAAGCAAGUAUUCGUUAUUGCCCCAGUUCAUGUACCAUUUGCGCCGAUCACCGUUUAUUCGCGUGUUUAACAACUCUCCAGAUGAAACGAGCUUCUUGAGGCAUGUGUUUAUGCACGAGGAUGUAAACAACUCCUUGAUCAUGAUCCAGCCUUCGCUCUUGUCUUAUGACAUUGAUACAUUCGGGGCCGAGGAUCCCGAGACAGGAGAACCCAACACUGACCCGGAGGCCGUUUUGCUUGAUUCCAUGUCUUUAGGAGUUACCAAAAUCCUCCUUCUAGACACAUUUUUCCAAAUUCUCAUUUACCACGGUACCACUGUCGCUCAAUGGAGGAAAGCCAACUACCACAACAUGGAAGGCUACGAGCACUUUAAAGAGUUCUUGGAAGCACCAAAAGAAGAGGCUUUGGAAAUCCUCAAGGAUAGAUUCCCCUUACCCCGGUUUAUUGAUUGUGAUGAUGGCGGGUCCCAGGCGCGGUUCCUCAUGGCCAAGCUCAACCCCUCCACAAGCUACCUGACAAACCCUAACCAUAUGUACGGAGGCCAGUUUGACGUCAUGACAGACGACACAAGUCUUCAGCUGUUUAUGAUGCAUAUCCAGAGACUUGCUGUUUCGAGAUAA